UUCUCGAAGUCUGACCACGUAAUCACUGAGGCAUUGGUAUUCCUUUAUCCAGUGCUUCUAGUAGGCCUCUUGAUAAACUCCCUAGAUGAAAUAUAUUGCAUCAGAAUCAGUGCCCCAGCAAAGGUUUUGAAAAGUGCCUCAGAGAUCUCUGUCCCUGCCCCCCUACCCAUCUCUCCUCUGAACAUGGACCUAAAACUAAAAAAUCCCGAGUUCUGGUAUAAUUUCCAUGGCCAGGUCCCAGGACUGCUGGACUGGGACAUGGAGAAUGCGUUCUUCUUGCCCCACACCACAGAUCAGUGCCGCUUGGCUGAGCGGACCCUUGCCAAAUAUAGACUCCGAAUAAUGGAGUCCCCAAAGCUGCCUCUGGAGAGAAAACCCAGUCCUGACAAGGAUGGUCCUGAUUAUGAACCCAACCUGUGGAUGUGGGUGAACCCCAACAUCAUGUGCCCCCUAGGCACCCAGGAGGCCCCAAAGCCCAGUAAAAAGAAGGAUCUGGCAAGCAUGCCUCUCUCUCCUCCGCCACCCGUGAAGGAUGAAGAGUCUAACUGCUCAGAAGCCACAGUGGUGGAAUCCCUGCCAUCUUCCUCCAGUGAGCAGUCUCCCCCACAGAAGCAGUUUGCUUCUUCUCCCAGGAACUGGGAGCUCACAGAAGAGGAGGCUGAGGAACAAUUUGACAACUCCUCUGUGGCUCUCCAGUCCCUUAAGAAAGGGGAGUGCUUCCAGAGCCAGAAGCUAUGGCAAACCAAUGGCCAGGAGAGGAGGUCCUGGCCUCGGCCCCCCCUCAAUUAUAGCCACCUCAUUGCCUUGGCAUUAAGAAAUAGCUCCCCUUGUGGCCUCAAUGUUCAAGAAAUCUACAAUUUCACCCAACAGCAUUUCCCCUUUUUCUGGACAGCUCCAGACGGUUGGAAGAACACCAUCCGCCACAAUCUUUGUUGCCUGGGUAGCUUUGAGAAGGUGCCGGUCAGCCUUCAGGAUGGGGCCAAUUCAAGGCCUCGGUCUUCCCUCUGGAGGCUCACUGAAGAGGGACACCGCCGGUUUCAGGAGGAGACCCGUGCCUUAGCCUCCACUAGGAGGGAGAGCAUCCAACAGUGCAUGAGCCAACCAGAUGUGAUGACCUCCCUCUUUGACCUUUGAACUACCACUGCUCCCUUUCUGGAACACUGUCCUUACUGUGCUUACCCACGUCCCAACUGACCUUCAUUAAUUCCUUAGUCUACCCUGCCUGGUUGGUACCAAGCCUGUCUAACUACUGCUAUAAGAAUGGUAUUAAUAAAGUGUGAAGUGGGCACAGAGGAAGUGGAGCUUAAAUUCAAGUGGGGGAUCAUGGAAAGUUGCGAGAGCAAGGCGGCAGUUGUUCUGCAUUUUGAGCAGAGGGAGGAAAUCUGAGGAACAAUGGCAUGGAAGCUAAGGAGAGAAGGAUGUGUUUUAUGAAAAAAGUUCUGUUUCCUGGAGAGUAUGCUCACCCAAGAAAGGGAAUAGUGGUGUGUAAGGCAUAAAAUGCAUGAUGGAACCAGGUCAUGGACAGCCUUGAACGCCAUGUGAAGAUUUAUAUGCAUAAGGAGAAUUGGGCUGAUGUCCAAAAAUUGUAUUCAAGUUUUUCCCCUCUACCUUCAUCAGCUAUAUCUCCUUUUUAAGUGCCCAUUUUACUCCUCAGGGCCUCACUUUUCUCUUCCUGGUCCUGGAUUUCUCAGCCUUUUUCUGUUGCCAGCCAAUUCCAGUAUGGACAAAUAAUUCCAAGCAACUAUUUUUAGUUUGGAGUCCCUGGGUGGUGCAAUCAGUUAAGCGCUUGACUACUAGCCAAAAGGUUGGUGGUUCAAAUCCACCCUGAGGUGCCGUGGAAGACAAGCCUGGCAGUCUUCUUCUAAAAGGUCACAGCCUUGAAAACCCUAUGGAACAGUU